CAGGGUACACGUGAUCCCGAAAAGAUGGUGGAUCCGCCGAACGUCCCUCCGGAGGACCCCUGGGGGGGGAAAGUUGACUCAUCCUUUGGUGACAACGGACUGGAUCCUGCUCUCUUCGUGGAAAGCAGAAGAAAAGGGAGUAUUGUGUCACGAGCUAAUAGCAUUGGCUCCACCAGUGCCUCUUCUGUACCAAAUACAGUUGACAAGGACUGUUCUCCUGCUACAGAUGAUGAAGACUCUGACUACCAGCAGGAGACCUAUAAAGAAACAUAUAAGGACCGCCGCCGUCGUGCUCACACCCAGGCUGAGCAGAAGAGGAGGGAUGCUAUUAAGAAAGGUUAUGACGACUUGCAAGCGAUUGUGCCCACAUGCCAGCAGCAGGAUUUCUCAAUAGGCUCUCAGAAGCUAAGCAAGGCAAUUGUGCUACAGAAGACAAUUGACUACAUUCAGUUCUUGCACAAGGAAAAGAAGAAGCAGGAAGAAGAGGUCUCCACACUCCGGAAAGACGUGAUGGCCUUGAAAAUCAUGAAAGUAAACUAUGAACAGAUUGUCAAAGCUCACCAAGACAACCCUAAUGAGGGGAAGAACCAGGUCUCUGACCAGGUGAAAUUCAACGUUUUCCAGGGCAUCAUGGACUCCCUCUUCCAGUCUUUCAAUGCCUCUAUCUCAGUGACCAGCUUUCAGGAACUGUCAGCUUGUGUCUUCAGCUGGAUCGAGGAGCACUGCAAGCCACAGACACUGCGGGAUAUAGUCAUCAGCGUCCUGCAACAACUGAAGAGCCAGCUCUACUAAACACCACGUGCUCUCAGCCUAAGAGGCGGAUAGCUCCAAAGUAUAAUAUGAGGACAAGAAGCCCACUGCUGCUUCCUCUUCAAGCUUUUCUUGGGACUACUGACUGCGUUUUACCUCUGAAACAUUCUUCACUCUGCACUAUCAAACCCCUUCAAGUAAGCUGCAACAAUCCACUGAACAUUUACAAGAGUCGACAUCUGCAGCAGCUCGCUUCUGAGCCUUGUCUGAGAAGUUCAUCAAAAGCACACCAGCCCUGGGAUUCCACAAAGAGUAGCUCCUUUUUCAAGGGGACGGAAGCACCGGGGCGUGAAUUUCUUUGGUCUCCCUCAACUCAAUCUGUAGCAGUGCUCUUAAGCUGUUAUGAAUGAACCUUGGCUUAAGUGGCAUUAAAUAGGAAUGAUCAACUUAAAAUAAGUUUUUUUUCUACUCUGUGCUACACGCAGAACUUUCAAGCUUGGCAAAAACCAAGUUAUGUAACAUACUGAUUUUGCAUAAUUUAUCCUGAUUUUGUUAGUCCUAGCAAUACUCAGUAAACUAACGCCCAGUUCUCUGAAAAAGCUUUCCUGUGCAGUUAGUUCUAAGGGCUACUUUUUUCCUUAAUUGAUUAUUUUGCCUAUUAUCAAAUUCUCUAUACAUAUGGUCCUGUUGUAAAUUUUAGUGGCCUGUAUUUAAUACAGCCGCAAGGGCUAAUGUGGGGAGAAGCCUUUUCAGCCCCUCUGAGCCCCACCAUUUUCUGUAAUAAAGCAAGUGAGACCAAGCCAACCCUGCUGCUUUAUGUUCUUACAUUAUGAAGAUAAGCCCCUCAAAUCAUUUAUAAGUACCCCUUUCUAGAUCAGAUGAAUGAAGGACUCUGACUUGAGCAGACCUCACUCGUGAAAAUUUAAAAAUAUUUUUAUAGUACAACAAGCAGUUCUAAUAAACAUUGGUAAAUGUUUUGAAUUA